GGCUUUUCUCUCACUCGAAAAAUUGUUCUUGCUUCGCUCUCUCCCUCUCUCUCUACGCACACUUCGAAAACCAAAACCUUUUGUUCCUGGUUUUUCUUUGUUUUCGGUGAAUUGGAAAUGGCUGGUCGUGGUAAGACACUCGGAUCCGGGGCGGCGAAGAAAGCCCAGUCGAGGAGCAGCAAGGCGGGGCUCCAGUUUCCUGUGGGUCGUAUUGCCCGGUUCCUCAAGGCCGGAAAAUACGCCGAGCGUGUUGGUGCCGGUGCUCCGGUGUACCUUGCUGCAGUUCUUGAAUAUCUCGCUGCUGAGGUCUUAGAAUUGGCUGGAAACGCAGCAAGGGACAACAAGAAGACGAGGAUUGUGCCGAGGCACAUUCAGUUGGCCGUGAGGAACGACGAGGAACUGAGCAAGCUUCUUGGUGAUGUGACGAUUGCGAAUGGUGGAGUGAUGCCCAACAUUCACAACCUCUUGCUUCCUAAGAAGACUGGUGGGUCAUCAAAGCCUGCUGAUGAGGAUUAGAUUGGUGUUAAAGAGAAGAGAAAUACACAUGACUUUUGAACCACAUGUUAGGUUAUGGGGUGUGUUAGAUCCCUUGGGAACUUCAUCUCCCAAUGUCUUUUUGUUCUUUAAUUUCUCUUCUGAUUUUAUGUUUUUUUUUAGCAGUAGUUGGUGGUAGGAAUCGUGCUAGAUUUGUGCAUAAAAAUGAAUGAAUGGAAUUGAUGUGUCUGUUUAUUACAGUAAUGAAAAGCAACAUUCAUGAGAUGAUAUUUUGAAGUAAUGAAAAUUUCGUUGCCGGUUUGAUGAA